CUGGGAGGAGGUGUGUGCUGUUCCGCAUUCAGACCAGCUGGUGGCGGUAGCGCACCUACAGCUUCAACGUCACCAGCAUCAGAGAAGAAGCGGGGUAGAACGCUGUCAGCCGCGCGUGGAGGUCGCGUUCGUCCAACAUGUCUGUUCUGCACCCGACUCUUCUGCUGUGUGUGUACGGCUUCUUCUCUAACCUCCGGCCGUCGGAGCCGUUCCUCACCGCCUACCUGAUGGGACCGGACAAGAACCUGACGGAGACACAGGUCGUCAGUGAAAUCUAUCCAAUAUGGACGUAUUCCUACCUGGUCCUGCUGUUCCCCAUCUUCCUGGCCACUGACUACCUCUGUUAUAAGCCUGUAUUGAUCCUUCAAGCUACAAGCUUGGUAGUUACCUAUGUCAUGCUGCUAAAGGUGCAGGGCAUACUGGCCAUGCAGUUCCUGGAGUUUUUCUUUGGGCUGGCCACAGCCGCAGAGGUCGCCUACUUCUCUUACAUCUAUAGUGUGGUUGAGCCGGUGCACUACCAGCGAGUGACAGGCUACUGCCGCAGCAUCACCCUGUUCGGAUCAGCUGCUGGAUCUCUGACCGGUCAGCUUCUGCUCUCCGUGGCCAAAGUUCAGCUGCUCCACCUUGUCAUCGUCACUCUGGCGUCAGCCGUCGUGGCCUUUGUUGCUCCCUGGUUUCUACCUAUGCCCAAGAGGAGCUUGUUCUUCCACAAAGCGCGGAGGAGAGGCCAGCGCAGCAGCAGCAGCAGCAGCAUCAUGGAGAAGGUGGAGGAUUCAGAGAGCAAAGUGCCUCUGAACAGCCAGGAUGUCUCUACAGUAUCCAGGUCCUCUGAGGCAGAAGCUCGCAGCAGUGGUCUUAUGGAGGUAUUGCGGAAGCUGUUUGAUGAUUUCCUGCAGUGCUACAGAAGUGGCCCUCUGCUGGCCUGGUCGCUGUGGUGGGCUCUGGCCACGUGUGGCUACUUCCAGGUCAUCAACUACGCUCAAGCACUGUGGGAGAACAUCCGUCCAUCCCAGGAGUAUGAAAUCUACAACGGCUAUGUAGAGACACUGUCCACACUGUUAGGGGCUCUGGCGGCUCUGCUGGUGGGCUACCUGCCUAUAUGCUGGGCUCUGUGGGGGGAGCUGGCUCUGUGUGUCCUCUCCCUGCUGAUGGCUGUGUGUGUGUUCGUCAUGGAUACACUGAGGCAAAUCUGGCUGUGUUACAGCUCAUAUAUCCUCUUCAGAGCGACGUACAUGCUGCUCAUCACUGUGGCUACAUAUCAGAUUGCAGCCAGUCUCAGUAUGCAGCGGUAUGCCUUGGUGUUUGGAGUGAACACCUUCAUAGCUCUCCUGCUGCAGUCUCUAAUCACUGUGGUGGUUGUGGACUCAGCAGGCCUUGGCCUCGAUGUCUUCACUCAGUUUCUCAUAUAUGGUGGCUACUUUGUGGCCAUUUCUGUCGUCUUCCUCCUCGCCGGGCUCUUCAAACUGGCGUCCAGGAGGCGCUCCGAGCAGGAGGCCCUGGCCAACAGCCAAGCAGAAACCGAGUCAGACUCUCCUCCAAUCAGUGACACAAGCUCCUGCAGAUAAAAGAUACUGACAUAUGACAACACCAAAGUUAAGUGAGCACAAUGACUCCACAAAGUGGGCUUCAAUAAUCUCUUCAGCCACACAGUUCCUUUAAUGUGUCAAAGUAAAAUGUGACAUAGUAGAAGGUAGAGGCUAAAGUAAUGACUGCAGGCUGCUCACUGCGUCUUUGCCUACUCUUGUUAAAACACUUGAAAACAUUAUGGCCACAGGUGCCAGAGGACCUGCAGUCAAAGCUGACAUACAACGUAGAUAACAUCAUAUUGUUGUUACAGCUAGUGUGUCAGACUUGCUCAGUCAGCACCCAUGAAAGACAGGAGUAGUGAGGACAAACGCUGUUUACACACUUUUUAGAAUAAUGCUAGGCAGGCAGUUUACAGUGGGUUUAUUACAACUGAUUACAUGCUAACUUAUUUAAUGACAGAAAACAUCUAAUGAGAGUCCAGACUAAAUUAUACAGAAAAUGUGUAUAUCCAAAACAAUGAGUGAAAAAGGCUGAAAAGCUCUGUAGAGCUGCAGAGAUGUUCACACAUAUGAACAGCUGCUGUCACAUUAAAUAGUCAUUCAAUCUGGUGACUUUUAGACUGAUCAAUACAGCUUUAGAAGACCAUACAUCACAUGAUAUCUGUCCAUUUCACAGCUUCUUAAAACUGAUGCCUUAGCCUUGAAGAAGCUAAAUAAAUACUAAGAAUGGUACCUUAUUAGUACUGCUACUUGUGUUAAAUUUGACACCAGCCAAAAUAUUUUUAUAUUUAUAAUUUAAAUGUAAUUACAUAGAUUAUGAGUUUAAUUCUAAUUGAUAAGUAUUGGUACUGAUAAACUGUAUCAGCAUCAGGCUUAUCAAUAUCUAUCUUUACUGAACACAAUGCUGUUGAAGCUUGAAAUACAUUACAUCGUUCACCACUGUGGACCGUAUGUUUGCUGUUGUAGCUGUGUAUAUCUAUAGAAGAUGUUCAUUACUGCUAAACGAUCUGUUACUGUGUUUGGAGAAGUGCCUAAAAAGGUCAAAAAUACCUAGAGAUGCUUUCUUUUCUUUUUUCUUUUUAAUAGUUGUUGCACAACAGUGGAGCUUUAUGGCACAGAGGAAUAAGAGGAAUAGGUUUGGGCGACACAGUAAUUGAUUGUAAACGGUGACAUUAAAAUUUGGCAGUAAAGUAAAUUUGCAUCGAAAUUGGCAAGCUGUCAAUAUUUUUUCAGUGUCACUGGUUUUCUGUUUCAGAUUUCUGUCACUGUUUUGGUGCAGAGAGGAAGGGCUUGUAGGGAGGGGCAGUGAGUUCAUGACCCACAGCUCACUGGAAAACCACUGCCCUUCACCUUCAGUGACAGAGAGUGGUGUCAGUUUUAUGUAUUGUUGCUGGUGCAAUGUCAGUAUGACCAUCAACAGAUCUUUCAAACUAUACCAAAACAGUGACAGAAAGUUGAAACUGAGAACUAGUGACAUUUAAAAAGUACAUCAUUAAAAAAAUGUCCUUGAAAAAAGAUAGACAUCAAGAAACACAGAUUUAAUGUCACUGCCCCAUAGAAGAUCACCAACUUACAUUUUAAGUGAUAGAAGUGAUUAUUAUUGUCUGACAUCAACCAAAUUAAUUUGAAAGAAAUAACAAACACAUAUGACCAAAUACAUGCAGUUGAAAAAGUGUCUGCUUGGUAUGGUAUGGAAUAUGACUGUUGCUUUGGAGAGUAUACUAGUGUGUGUGCAGAAGUGUGGAGCACUUCAGAUAAUGCCUGUUUCUUUAUACUUGCCAAAUGUUACGCACAUUUUUACUGCAUUUUUUAAACUUAAAAACUACCUAGAGAGCUCUGAUCAAAAGACAUGUAGUUUGUGUUGGCAGCUAGUGUUAGUGUUAGAUUCACAUCCUUGUAACUGUUCACUCGUAUAUAAAAUUAUACCUUGUUUAUUUUGCAGUACAAUCACAGUAUGAGCUGCAUUCAUUGUUUGCCUUUUCAGAAAAGGAAACUGUGGUUUGGAAGUGAAUCACUUUGAUUUCCACAGGAAAAACACGCACAGACACGUUGGAAGUAUUGAGUGACUGAAUUGUUAUUUGCAAAUGUGAAUUAUGUUAUUUGCAAAUGUGUAUCAACAAAAAACCAACCAAAUACUUUGUGUAAAUGUAAAACAAUUUUACAUGACAGAUGCUCCAUGCACACGGAUUUAGCAAAUUUCAGCACCAUCAAAUGUCACAAAGGUAAUAUUAAUAUGUGAAGAACACUACAAUGCGGAUCUAUUAAAGUGAGUAUUUAUUCAUAAAAUUGUUUUACGCUUAUUCAAGUUGGAUGAAACACAUUUGUUACCACUGUUAAGACUAAUUUCUCUUUCUCUUUUUUUUAAAAUAACCGUUACAUUAUUACAGUUAUAUGAAUGACCUACGUAUGUCUUCUUUCACAAUCUGUCCAGUCUUAGCAAAUGCAUUUUAAACACUGGGCUUUUGCUGUGCCUCUCCUCUUUUUCCCAUGAAGAUUCCCAAGCUAUCAUUUAAUCAACUGUAUUCAUUUCCUUUGACACUGGUGGAGGUGGUCACCUGUUUAGCCGGGGGGGAGGGGGCUGCCUCAGGAAUGUCAUGUAUUGUGUGAGACCUCAACUUGCUCUUUGAAAGAUUUGUGUGACUGUGUUCAUUCUGUAUUUCCAUUUAAACCUUUGCACUAUUUUUAAAUGUGAUCAUCUCUGAGUGUGUGAAAUGGGUGUGUGGUUAUUGUUACCUGCAAAAAGGCACGUUGUGAUGGACUAUCCACACAGACAUGCUCUCUCUAUGCAAUACCUAUCACAAAUAAAUGAACGUUUUUAUGUGUA